AUGUCGUCUGUCCGUUCACUUAAGGCCGCAUUUCGCAAAGAAAUGCGUCAUUUGCUCGGUGAUAUUUCUCAAGAAGUUAUAGAACGUGAAAGUAUGACACUCUUUACUUUACCUUUAUUUCAAGAUCUAACAAAAGACUUGCAUCAAAAAUACAUUAAUGGCCAAAAUAUCAGCAUAUACGUUAGCAUGUCCAAAGGAGAGAUACAAACAAAGUCUAUAAUACAGGAUAUUUUCUCAAAAGGUAAGUUGUGCUAUGUUCCGCGUUGGAACGGCGACAUCAUGGAUAUGGUACGAUUGUAUUCUUAUGAGGAUUUUUUAUCACUUCCGCUCAAUCGUUGGAAUAUCCCGGAGCCGAAACACGAUGAAGAAAGAGAAAUUGCAACUCAAUUGGACCUAAUUAUAAUGCCAGGCUUGGCUUUUGAUCUAUUUGGUAAUAGACUUGGUCAUGGAAAAGGAUAUUAUGAUCGAUAUCUAUCAAAAUGCAAAAAUAAUUCAGUAAAGCCCCCAAGAACAAUCGCGCUUGCACUAGAUUCUCAGAUCACUAAGGACAAAAUAAUCCCUACCACAGAUUUCGAUCAAAAACCUGAUCUGAUUGUUUCUUCGGGUCAAAUCAUUUCAUCGUCUAUUGAGCACGAGAAAUAA